ACGGCGCCAGAACCCGGAGGGUCGAUGACGCUCUUUUUGUGCGCCAGGAAACCGGCUUGUAGUUAGCACGAAAAUGAUGGUUAAUUCGUGUGGAUAUUUUGGGGAGGGAUUUUUUUAAAUGUUAAUUAUUUGUAAUAUGACUGAACGUUAUAUGUAAUUAGAUUUGAUUCGUACUCAAACAAACCGGACUGUUGAAAUUUCCGCGAAAUAAAGCGGCGUCUCUUGUUUUGAUGCCUGAGAAAAGAGACAGAGAAAAGCCUUGCGUUAUUGUCGUGAAUAAGAGACGGUGUUGCUUUUCGUUAUGAGUUAUGGCUACGGAAGAGGAAGGGGCCGGAGAGGAGGAGGAGGAGGAGGUGGUGGUGGUGGUGGAGGCAGAGGAGGAGGAGGAGGAGGAGGAGAGCGGUGGAGCUCCGACUGGGAAGCCCGGGAUGAGCAUCCCCGAGGCGGCGGAGGCCGCGGGAAACACCCGCCGCACCUGAAAGGCAGAGAGAUCGGACUGUGGUACGCCAAAUGGGGAGGACUGAAACGUGCAGAGGCCGAGAGGAAGUCGAGAGCCGUAGUUCAGAUGGACGAGUCGAGAGAGCAGCACAUCACACAGCUGCUCAAUUCGGUCCAGAGAGAACCGUCCCGUGACUACGGGCCGGCCGUCCCACCGUACCGGCAGGUGAAGCCGGAACCGAGCGGCCACAGCUACUUUGAUGGCGACGAUCCUCCAGAACAGCCGCAGAAAACGGUGAAAGUGGCUAAAAUCGAGUCGGUGAAGGUGAAGGAAGAGGAGGCGGAGAUAAAGACCGAGGUAAAAGAGGAGAUGAAGACCGAGGUAAAAGAGGAGCGCGUCGAUCGCGAUCUGGAAUACCUGGUGCAGGAGAUCGAUCGAAAGCCUUCACUGGACGAGGAGCUGAAAAGCGAGCUUCAGAGCAAGAGACAGAAUGCUAAAUAUCUGGAAAUGCUGACGUUUCGGGAGAAGCUGCCUUCAUACAGCAUGAGAGAGGAGCUGGUGAAGCUGAUCCAGGCCAACCGUGUGGUGGUGGUGAGCGGAGAAACCGGCUGCGGCAAAACCACGCAGGUCACGCAGUUCAUCCUGGACGACUACAUCCGGCGCGGCAUGGGCUCGCUCUGCAGGGUGGUGUGCACGCAGCCCCGACGCAUCAGCGCCAUAUCGGUGGCCGAGAGGGUGGCGGCGGAGAGGGCGGAGUCCGUCGGAGAGGGGAAGUCCUGCGGAUAUCAGAUCCGUCUGCAGAGCCGGUUGCCACGGAAACAAGGCUCGGUGCUGUAUUGUACGACGGGAAUUAUUCUUCAGUGGCUGCGCUCGGAUCCGUGUCUGUCGAGCAUCAGUCACCUGGUUCUAGACGAGAUCCACGAGCGCAGCCUGCACUCAGACGUCCUCCUCACCAUCGUCAAGGACCUGCUGAGCCACAGAGACGACCUCAAGGUCGUGCUCAUGAGCGCCACGCUGAACGCCGACAAGUUCAGCAAGUACUUCGAUCGCUGCCCCAUGGUCCACAUCCCGGGUCACGCCUUCCCCGUGAAAGAGUACCUGCUGGAGGAUGUGGUCGAGAUGCUCAGGUUCCGGCCGCAGCAGCAGCAGGACCGUCGUCCCCGCUUCAGGAGAGGGUUCAUGAACGGCCAGAACGUGCGUCCCGAGAAGCAGGAGAAAGAAGCAGAAUACAAAGAGAGCUGGCCGUGUUUCGCUCGCACACUCGGAGACAGGUUCUCUGACGGCACCAUCGACACCCUGGAGAUGAUGGACGAGGAUGACAAGAUCAACCUGGAGCUGAUUGUAGCACUCAUCCGCCACAUCGUGCUGAACGAAGACGACGGAGCUAUCUUGGUGUUCCUACCCGGCUGGGACAACAUCAGCAGCCUGAACGACCUGCUCAUGGCCGACCAGAUGUUUAAAUCUGAUAAGUUCGUGAUCAUUCCACUGCACUCGCUGAUGCCCACGGUCAACCAGACGCAGGUUUUUAAAAGGCCACCUGCCGGAGUCCGGAAGAUCGUGAUUGCAACCAACAUAGCAGAAACCAGUAUCACUAUAGACGACGUGGUGUACGUGAUCGAUGGAGGCAAAAUUAAGGAAACUCACUUCGACACGCAGAACAACAUCAGUACGAUGACGGCAGAAUGGGUGAGCCUCGCCAACGCCAAGCAGAGGAAGGGGCGCGCCGGCAGGGUGUCUCCAGGUAAAUGCUAUCACCUGUAUAACGGCUUGAGGGCGAGUCUGCUGGACGCCUACCAGCUCCCUGAGAUCCAGCGCACACCGCUCGAGGAGCUCUGUCUGCAGAUUAAAAUCCUGAAAUUGGGCCCAAUCGCAUCAUUCCUGAGGAAGACUCUGGACCCUCCGUCAGACAGAGCCAUCGAGCUGGCCAUCACUCACUUAAUGGAUCUGAAUGCAUUGGACCGGAAUGAAGAGUUGACCCCGUUGGGAUUCCACCUGGCCCGUCUGCCCGUGGAGCCACACAUCGGAAAGAUGAUUCUGUUCGGCGCUCUGCUCGCCUGCCUGGACCCUGUGCUGACCAUAGCAGCUAGCCUUAGCUUUAAAGACCCGUUCUUCAUACCAAUGGGGAAGGAAAAAAUCGCCGACCAAAGAAGAAAAAUCCUGUCCAAAAACACCAAGAGUGACCACCUGACUGUAGUCAACGCCUUCCAGGGCUGGGAGGAAGCGAAGAGGCGGGGCUACAGGUACGAGCGGGAAUACUGCUGGGACAACUUCCUGUCAGCCAACACGCUGCAGAUGUUACAGAAUAUGAAAGGACAGUUUGCGGAGCAUCUCUUGGCCGCUGGAUUUGUGAGCAGUAAAGACCCAAAACAUCUCGGCGCCAACAUCAACUCCGAAAACGAGAAGCUCCUGAAGGCAGUCAUCGUGGCCGGCUUGUAUCCCAAAGUGGCCAAGAUCCGGCCGAGCCCGCACAAGAAGAGACCCAUACCAGCGAAGGUGUACACCAAAGCCGACGGGAAGGUGUGUAUACACCCGAAAUCUGUCAACUCCGAGGAGACGCAGUUCCACUACACCUGGCUCAUCUAUCACUUGAAGAUGAGAACCACCAGUAUCUUUCUGUACGACUGCACAGAGGUGUCUCCAUUCUCGCUCCUCUUCUUCGGGGGUGAUAUCUCCAUCCAGAAGGACAAAGAGCAGGAGACCAUCGCCGUGGACGAAUGGAUCGUCUUCCAGUCUCCCGCUCGCAUCGCCCACCUGGUCAAGAACCUGAAGAAGGAGCUGGAUCUGCUGCUGGAGGAGAAAAUCAAGCGGCCCCGCCCCGUCGACUGGAGCGACCGCGCCUCGAGCGACUGCGCCGUGAUCUCGGCCAUCGUCGACCUCAUCACCACGCAGGAGACCGCGACGUCCUCGCAAGAGCCGUACAGGAAAAGCCACCAGCACUGGGACUAGAACCCGACGCCCGUACCGAGUCCGAUCGAAUCCGAUCGAUCCGUCUCGGCAGAUACUCCCACCGUAAAGUUCUCGCGUAUUCCGUAGUGCCGUUGAGAUGCCGUCCGAUCUCUAGUGCGACCGCGCUGUAAUCGCAGGUUUAUAUUUCAAUAUAUAUAAAAAUGCACGCGUUUUAGUAUGGUUUCUAUAGUAACGCCUCGUACGACGUCCGCGCCGUAGAAACGUAUUGUGGAAUGGUCGAUGUUGAUGAGUAAGGAGUUUACCAGUUACGGAAGGAGUCUCGAGUGUCGGGUAAAGCCGUGACUUUAAACGUUCACCCCGCCUACCGUCGACGAGCGACUUCCGAGAAAUUCCGCUUAUUGUCCCUUUAACUUUAAGGACUGGCCGGUGAAUGCCUCAUCUUCACUGUCCACGUGUAUUUAGACCUGCAGUUUAUAGGUAAACCUUCCCAGCAGGACUGACCCACUCAUCAGACUCACUAGAAUUAUUUCUUUGCCUUUUUGUGUGUCACAAUUUGUAUUUUUACGUUUGCCUUUGCACCGUCCACCCCUCCCUCCCCCUCCCCCUCCCCCUCCCUCAGCUACCAUAAAUGAUUAAAGCUGCUGUUAAGAACAA